AUGCGACAGGAGCAAAGUUCAGUACGAAGGACCAUGCUCUUCGCGCAGAAGCUAACCUGGUUGACAUUGAAACGCUGCGGCCAGUUCCAGCGCCUGGCGCAGCGCAUGCGCACCCAGCUCAUCGUGACGGCACGUGUCGCCGCCAAGGAUCCGUAUGCCAUUGUCGUACCGUUGCUUCUGCUGAUUUGCAUGCUGGCGUUAGGCCUUUGGGGCGUGUUUAGCGUCGGCAAUACCAUUCGCGACGGCCGCCGCGAGGCGGCACUUAACGCCGCCACAGAUUUCAGCAACACUCUAAAGAGCCACAUCGCCGCGACGGUUGCACCUGCCAGCACAGUUAAGACGCUGGUUGAGCUCAACCCCGAUUGGCCGUCAAUCAACAAAACGUUCCACGCGGUUGCGCCAUCGCUGCGUGCCGGCAUGAUGGGUAUCGUCACACGUUAUGCGGUGUUCAUCUCCGGGGCCGGACCCGACGAGACGUUUGGAUUCAACGGCUCCGCAUACAACUGCACCCCCUGCUACCAGCCGCCGUCACAAUCCGGAACCGGCAGUAGCAUUGAUAAUAACAGCGCAGCAGUGGGGAAGAGGUUUUGGGGUUUUGCGCAGCUGAAUGUGGACUGGGAGAUGCUCAUCCGCAAUAUUACGAGAAUGUACGAUCUGUGCGAACGAGACAACCUAUCCUUCAACAUGACGUACAUUGACCCCGUGUCGUACAUUAACCGAUCCAUUGCGGCAUGCGGCGGCAAUCUGGGUCCGGACCCCGUGUUCGUACACAUCGACACGAUGGCGAACCACUGGGUUCUCGCCGUGAUCGCCACGCUCCGUCGCGGAGAGGAAUACGCUGAAGCGUUCCAAAGCGUUACCGUACUGUUCAGCGAUAUUGUGUCGUACACCACAUUGGCGUCGGAGAUGGAGCCCAUCAAGGUUGUACGAUUAUUGAACGAGAUGUACAGCGAGUACGACGCACUGGUGGACCAAUUUGAGUGCUACAAAGUGGAGACGAUUGGCGACG